CAAGACGUGCGCAUCUUCGUGUCGAUAUGCGCGUGGUCCGAUGCCUCGAGGGCCAUAGAUUCGUUCGAAGUUUUUAAGAAAUUUCCCAGUUUUACUUUCCGAGAGGUAGAAGCUUCCCCGAAAAGUCCUUCGUCUGAAAACGCGGGUUAACAUUUAUCCAAAAUCGUUUUACAACUGGACAAUCAUCUCGCAGAUCGUCGAGUCAGGGUGUAUCGUUGAUGCCACCAUGUAUAGUUUCUGCUUGGGUUUAUCGAGAUAUGAAGAAACGUUGGGUAAACCUUACGAACAAACGAAACGGUAUUUUCGACGUAUCUUCGUGCUAGAAGGGCUGACGGUCGGCUCUACAAUAUAACGCGAUGGGGGCUGGUGGGGGAUUUGAGUGAAGACAGGAAGGUGGCGAGUGACUAGAUACAGUUGAUAAGAGUAGCGAUGGACGUCUUAAAGUCACGCAUACAGAAGCGCAUCGCUACGUCUCUUCGGAUCUGCGAAGUGGGGAUCCAGAGUUCCUAGAUCCUCAAUACGUUUUCUCAACCGAAGGACUGACUGUCCCUCAGUCGAGAAGGAAUAUUGGUAGUUUUCGGAUGCGAAUUCAUAUAAAGAGUUUCGAUCGGCGAUUAAAUCGUUAAUUAGGUAAAGCGUGUCUCGGCGGUGGCGCAGGAGACCGUUUGUCGUUCGUUUAAUUUGGAAGCGUUUAGCCAAACGGUGGGUGGCAGUGAUCGUGCUCCGUUUAACAUCAUGCAUACCUCCGACAGGCGUGAGAUAUACAUAUAUAGGUGCCAGUAUGAAGCAGCGUAAAUAAACGACAAAGAAGACUUUAUUAUUGUAGCCUCUCCCGCUUGAUAGAACGGCAGUCGAGCGUAAUUUAUUCCCGAGGCUGGCGUGACUUUUUAUAAAUUCAACUAACGGGGUUCGCUGCUGAUUUCAGCGAUUACGCAACAUGUGAAUUAGACACUUCCUUACGCGGAAGUGACGAUAACAGAGGGACAAAAAAGGGGAGCAAAAAAAACAAUAACUAUCGUCAAUCUUUUAUCAGAGAUAUUGUAGAUUUCUCGAAUAAUGGAAGACCUUGCGGGGGUUGACGGCUGACGGUUCUUCCAACGAUGUUUUCAACGCGCUUCGAAUCGUCCAGGUAAUCUAUAGAAAAAGGGAAUCGAGAUAUAGAAGAAUAGAGGAAAGUCUUUCAACUAUUGCGAUAUCGGCGGAAGUAAUACCACCAUGAAAAACUCGAAUAAUAAUUCGAACCACGAGAGAAACGGCCCCGAACAUCUCAACCUGUUGAGAGUACCCUCGUCGCCGUCUACUACGCCAACCACUCCUAACCGAGCCCUCGAAGAUGUCUUCAGAGAAAUGCCGAUCACCGAGGAAACCGCCUGCGGUAUAUGGUUUUUCAAGGGUCCGAAUUUACAAAAAUUCGCUAACAAAAAGGCCUACGUAUUUCUCUACGGUGUUCUUGGCUGUAUAUUUUCUGCCAGCUACGCGUACUUCAACGGGACGAUUACCACCAUAGAAAAGAGAUUCAAAAUUCCUUCGAAGACUACAGGGUUAAUUACCGUGGGCAAUGAUAUUUCCCAACUGUUUGUGUCCGUCAUACUUUCAUACUACGCGGGUCGAGGUCACAGGCCCAGAUGGAUCGCCGUGGGCAUAUACACGGUCGUUGUUUUUUGCUGCUUGACGAUGCUUCCUCACUUCAUGUACGGUCCCGGCGAAGACGCGCUCCUAUUAACCAAAGAAUACGGUCCGUUGGAGUCGAGAAACUCAACGGUGUUCAUGGACAAGCAACGUAAAGACUUGUGUCUGGGUAAAGAGGGUCGUGGAGCGGAGUGCGAAGAAGCUGAGGGUAACUUCGCGCCCCAGGUGCUUCUUUUCAUGGCGCAGCUGAUCUCCGGGGUCGGUGGUUCCCUCCAUUACACACUCGGCGUAUCCUACAUGGACGACAACAUAAAAAAAUCAAAGACUCCCGCCCUCAUUAGUUUUUCAUAUUUUCUCCGGAUGCUCGGUCCAGCGAUAGGCUACGGCCUCGCGUCUUUCGCUUUAAAAUUUUACAUCAGUCCAACCCUGACCCCGACUAUCACGACGCAGGACCCCAGAUGGCUGGGAGCCUGGUGGCUCGGCUGGAUUAUCCUCGCUAUCCUACUCUUCAUAUUUGCCAGCGUGAUCGCACUGUUUCCGAAAACUCUUCCGCGCGCCGCGGCACGGAAGGCUCUCGCCCUGGAAAAAAGCAAGUCUUCGGCGAGCUUCCCGAACGAUCCGGAGCCGGAGCUUCCGACCUCGAUUUCCGAUAUGAUGAAGACCUUCAAACGACUCCUCACAAACACUACUCUGAUGUGCAACAAUCUUGCCACCGUAUUUUACUUCUUUGGCUACAUGCCCUACUGGAUCUUUAUGCCCAAGUACAUCGAAACUCAGUACAAACAGUCGGCAUCGAUCGCCUCUUUGAUCACCGGUACCGUUGGCCUCGUGUUCAGCGCCUUUGGAAUCCUUCUCUCCGGACUCGUAAUAUCGAAGUACAAGCCCAAGGCCAGAUACCUUGCCGCGUGGAACGUGAUAGUCGGUGCUAUAUCCGUAAUGGGGAUGGUUUCCUACGCAUUUUUGGGUUGUCCGGCCAACGACAGUCAAAUAUCGGUCCUUCCGAACGGCGAACUUCGCACCGAGUUGUCCUGCAAUGAGCAAUGCGCUUGCGAUUACGUCACGUACAAUCCUGUGUGCUCCGAGGAUGGUCAUACCUACAUAUCAGCCUGUCACGCUGGCUGUAAGAACCUACAGGUGGCUGAAAAUGGCAGCAAAAUUUUUACGGAAUGUAGCUGCGUGAAGCCCCAAGUAUCGCAGGUAUUAUCGCUCGUGCUUCCCUCGAAUAUGACAAUGACUUCGGAUGUUUCGCUUCUUGAAACGACAACGAACGCUGCGAUUGCGCCAACUUUGGGAACCGCUCUUCCUGGCUCCUGUUCGGUCGACUGCAUGCACAAGUUCUACAUCUUCCUGGCUGUCGUUUGUCUUUUGAAGUUCAGCGGGGCCACGGGGAGAGCCUCCAACUUCCUUGUCUCCGUUAGAUGCGUUGAGGAGAAAGACAAAACGGUCGCCAUGGGAUUCGGUCUGACGAUAAUGAGUCUUUUCGCUUUUAUACCGUCACCUAUACUCUUUGGCUUUAUUAUGGAUAGUACUUGCCUUGUCUGGGGUAAAACAUGUUCAGGAACCGGAAACUGUUGGCUUUACAAUGGAGAAGCUUUACGAUAUCUGUUAAAUUUCACUGCUGCAAGCUUUGUAACAAUUGGCACAAUAUUCGAUGUGGGGGUGUGGUACUUUGUCAAGGACGUGAAAAUCUUCGACGAAGAGAUCGAGCUGGACGAUAUAGCGGAAGAUACCGCGGAUGCUAUGUGAAAAUCGGCAGCCGUAUAUGUAAAAACAAGAAAAAAAAAAAAAAAGCAAUAUUCAUCGUCAAAACGAGACUUCCAAAGUACCUUAAGCAUCUCCUUAGAUAUUUAUAUAAUUAAAUUAUACGUCGAACGUACGAACAUUUCAGUCGGUCGAGUACCAGAAGUAUAUUUUCCUACGUAGAUUGGCGUCAUUAUUAUUACUAUAUAAUCUAACGUGGUAUAAAAAGUUAUCGUUUACUCUACCCAGCACCAUAUACAAUCACGUUAAUUAGAACCGCGGGAGUCAAAUAAAAAGUCAAAACCUUACGCCGCGCCAUUUCCGUUCAGAAAUCACGACAGUUUCACGCUGUUUUACAGGAUUUAUAAAUAUUGUAUGAUAUGAGCGUAGGAUUAAAUAGGUUACACAGUUUUAACAUACUAGCUAUAAUACAUUCUAGCAUUUUAUUGAAUAAAUAUAUAAAAUAAUA